AUGGGAUUCGAUGCGUGCAAGUUUUAUCCAUUAACUUUUGACCAACAUGCUUUGUUUGUUAUAGUGGAGGAGGUUAAACAUCAGUGGAAAAGCUUACGUGAUACAUAUAUAAGAAAAAAACGUGAGGAUGAAUGCAAAAGUGGACAGGCCGCUAAAGAAAAGAAGCCGUGGAAGUUCAUGAAGGUGAUGGAGUUCCUCGCGACAUCAACUGAAUUUCGAAGUGUUCACAGCAAUGUUUCUGAUGUAAACAUGGGUGGAGUGGAGGUCCAAAAUGAUGUGAGUGACAGUGAGGAGGCAACAGCAAGCACAUGUUCCAGCUCAUCUAUCGGCAGCACAUCAACAGGAUCAUCCAUCGCCAGCUCGCCUAGAGAAUCAUCCAGCACCAGCCCAAGUAUGACAAGGUCGAAAUCAACAAAAAGAAAACGGUCCGAGACACCAGACUUCUUGGAGAGGUACCUCUUAUCCAAGGAAACCACGGAAAACGAGAACGAGGAACGAAAAAGAGAGAAGGAGGAACGAAAAAGAGAGAAGGAAAAGCGCAAAAGAGAGAAAGAGGAGCGCCGAGAUCAACGAAAAGAGCAACAGAAAGAUGACAAUUACUUGUUUGCUCUCGGCUUGGUACCAACACUUAGAAGAUUGUCUCCAGCACAACAGUCUUCAGUCAAACUAAAGAUACAUCAGCUGCUGCAUGAUGCUGAGUUUGGACAGUCCUCUUCCUUAUUUUCAAAUCAGUCGCCUGUGUCGUAUCAUCAGGUCACCCCUCAGACCCCAACAAACUAUGGCCACUCUGCCAGUACUGGGCCACACUGUUAAAUGGUUAUUGUACACAUUUUUUUGUUUUUUAUUUUUUAUUGUUCAAGCAUCCGAUAAAUA